AAAGAAAUACUUGAAUAUAUGGAUGGAUUUUUAGUAUCCAAGACUAUGUUUGCAGCAUGUGAACUAGGUGUCUUUGACAUUCUUUUUCUGUCUGAGAUACCUAUGUCUUGUGAGGAAAUAGCAAAACAUCUCUGCACUAGUGUUGAAGGGCUAGAAACAUUACUCAAUGCAUGUGUGGGACUAAAGCUACUAACAGCUGAAACAGGAACUGGCAAAGUACUUUACAGCAACACAGACCUCUCUGACUUAUACCUAACAAAGUCCAGUCCAAAGUCACUGUGCCACCUUCUGGAUUUUUACUCACAUUGCAUAUACCACUGCAGCUACUUCCUCACUGAUGCUGUAAGGGAAGGGAAAAGUCAGCAUGAAAGAGCCUUUGGAGUUUCAUCCAGAAAUGCAUUUGAUGCUCUUUAUAGGUCUGAUGAAGAGAUGUUAAAUUUUUUGAAACUAAUGAAUACUAUAUGGAACGUCUGUGGUGAAGAUGUAAUCACAGCAUUUGAUCUUUCAUGCUUUUCUAAAGUUUGUGAUCUUGGAGGAUGUACAGGAGCCAUUGCUAAACAGUGCAUUGCUACAUAUCCUAAACAGCAAGUCAUUAUCUUUGACCUACCCAAAGUGCUAACAAUGGCAAAGCAACACUUCAUUUCUGCAAAUGAAAAGAGAAUUACACUUUGUGAAGGGAACUUCUUUGAGGACUCCAUCCCAGAAGCUGAUCUAUAUAUUCUGGCAAGAAUUAUCCAUGACUGGUCAGAAGAAAAAUGUCUAAAACUGCUUAAAAAAGUAUACAGUGUCUGCAAGUCAGGAGGUGGCAUAUUAGUGAUUGAGGCAAUCCUGAAUGACGACAGAUGUGGACCCCGCAGUAGCCAGAUGCUGUCAUUAAUUAUGCUCAUCCAGACCGAGGGAAAAGAACGGACAUCCACUGAAUACAGCCACCUUCUUGAAAAUGCAGGAUUCAAAAAUAUUCAAGUGAAAAGAACUGGAAAGCUUUAUGAUGCAAUACUGGGAAGAAAGUGCACAGAUUUGUAAGGGAUACUCUUAAUAAGAAGGGAGGCGAUGCAUGAUGAUAUUAUUAUUUUAAUAGUGACAGAGAAGUUGGACUGCAUAAUGUACAUUCAUUUUCUUAUUAUAUAGAUCAGCUGUUAUUAAUCUGACCAUGCUCCUAUAAUUUGCUGGUCACUAUUUAAAUAUUUAUUUAGGUAUUUUUUUUAUCUCGCAUGUCCAACUGAUCUCAUUUAAGGAGAUUUUUACAUACAGACAAAGAUAAGUCUAAGCUCCAAGUGCAUUUCUGUAUCUUCAAAAUGCAUUUUUUUUAGCCAGAUCAUUGUGUGAAAAUGAAAUUACUCAUAUAAAGCUGAGAACAAAGAAUUCAACCCACAAACUAAUUGCUUGGGAAAUGUUGCAUCCUUUACUGCAGAAAUUUUAGCUGAUUUCCUGAUUAUAUGUGUAAUUAUCAUUAUGUUAUGGAUGUUGUAUAUAGUUUCUUUGUUGUUAUGAUUGUAAAUAUAAUAUUGAUUUAUUGUUCUUAAUAAAAUAAAAAAAAUUGUUUAAUUAAAAAAAAAUAAAGAGCAAAAAGGA